CUCUCAUGCAGUCUGCAGCCUAUAGGGCAGCUCUUGUGAUGCUGCGCUGUGUGCGGAAUCAAAGCGCAGGCGUCGAGUCGGGAGGGAGCCUAUCUUGCGCAGACUGGGUAGCUUUACUGUACAUGGCCAUUGAUACCGCUGUGGAUGGAUGUAGCCGCUGUUGUAAAUCAGAAUGGCGAGGACAGCAAAUAUAACGCGCUGAGUUAUCUCUGUUUGACACCCGAGCACGUUUCUUCAACCAUCAUCGGGUCUUUUAUUUUGAUUUUUGAAUUAAAAGACGCUUCUUGAAUUCAGCCGAAUCUCGCCUUGACAGCCCGCACCGAUGGUUUUCAUUUGACACAAAGCAGACAGGCGGCUUCUCCUAAUAAACAGUCGGGAAGAAAAGCGGGUCAUUAUGACCUUAGUAUCCGUCAGUAAAAGAAAACCACCGGAUUGCUUUUACGCGGCAGCGCUCUGCUUGCAUCUCUUGCUUUGGAUUUCACGAUCCGUGUCCGGAGAGGAGCAGCAUCAGUUCAGCGUUGAGGGAUGGCUACAGAGGUAUGGAUACCUUCCCCACACAGAACCAGGAAUGUCUGUCCUGCGCUCAGCCAAAACCAUGCAGUCAGCCAUUGCUGCUAUGCAGCGCAUCUACGGUCUCAAUGUCACAGGGACGCUGGAUGAGACAACCAAGGAUGAUAUCACUCUAAGAUGGAUGCAGAGGCCACGCUGUGGAGUUCCAGAUAAAAUUAAAAGUGCCACAAGGUCAAGAAGGAGGAGAUACGCGCUGACAGGGCAGAAGUGGCAGCGUACGCACAUAACCUACAGCAUAAAAAAUAUCACACCAAAGGUGGGUGCCCGGGAGACUCAUGAUGCCAUCCGGAGGGCGUUUGAUGUGUGGCAGGGUGUGACUCCCCUGCGCUUCGAGGCCGUUCCAUACAGUGCCCUGGAGACUGGCAGGCGUGACGUGGACAUCACCAUCAUCUUCGCUUCUGGCUUUCACGGUGACAGCUCACCCUUCGAUGGGGAGGGCGGAUUCCUCGCCCAUGCCUAUUUCCCAGGGCCUGGCAUAGGAGGGGACACACACUUUGAUUCAGAUGAGCCCUGGACCCUCGGAAACCCCAACCAUGACGGAAAUGAUCUGUUCUUGGUUGCAGUUCAUGAGCUGGGGCACGCCCUCGGCCUUGAGCACUCAAAUGACCCCACUGCCAUCAUGGCUCCUUUCUACCAGUACAUGGACACAGAGAAUUUCAAACUACCUCAAGAUGACUUGCAGGGAAUCCAGAAAAUCUAUGGACCACCAGAUAAAGCUCCACAGCCCACCAGUCCUCCGCCUACAGUUCCACCUCCUCGUUUCCAUCCGCCCUCAGACCCCCGGAAGCACGACCGCCAUGCCAGACCCCAUCGCCCUCCGCAGGGGUCCAAGCCGUCUAACCCCAACUCCAAACCAAACAUCUGUGACGGAGGCUUCAACACUCUGGCCAUCCUACGCCAGGAGCUGUUUGUCUUCAAGGACCAAUGGUUCUGGAGGGUACGGGACAAUUCAGUGGUUCCGGGCUACCCCAUGCCAAUCAACCACUUCUGGCAAGGCUUGCCUCCCAAAAUUGAUGCAGUGUAUGAAAACAGUGAAGGGAAGUUCGUCUUUUUUAAAGGAAACCGUUUCUGGGUGUUCAAGGACCGGCAUCUUCAGCCUUCCUACCCUCAGGACAUUUCUCUGUUCGGUAGCGGCAUGCCCACACAGAGUAUCGAGACGGCCGUCUGGUGGGAAGAUGUCGCUAAGACCUACUUCUUCAAAGGAGACAGAUACUGGAGGUAUAACGAGGACAUGAGGACGAUGGACCCAGGUUACCCAAAACCCAUCACCAUCUGGAAGGGCAUCCCUGACUCUCCACAGGGCGCUUUUGUGGACAAGGCAAAUGGUUUUACCUACUUCUACAAGGGAAAAGAGUACUGGAAGUUCAACAACCAGCUGCUUCGCGUGGAGCCCGGCUACCCCAGGUCUAUUCUGAGGGACUUCAUGGGCUGCGACGGCCUCCCCGCUGACCCCGACUGGGGCUGGAAUCCCCCGGCGGCAGACGAAAGGCACUGUGACAACAAUGACGUGGACGUUGUCAUCAAACUGGACAGUGUUGGGGGUACGGAGAAGGCUGUGGCCAUUGCCAUUCCUUGCGUCCUGGCGCUGUGCAUGAUGGUCCUCCUCUACACCGUUUUCCAGUUCAGGAGGAAGAGCACUCAGCGGCACAUACUGUACUGCAAGCGCUCCAUGCAGGAGUGGGUCUAAGGGGACUGUUACAGUAUAGAGAGCUCUGAGAAAGUCGUUACUUAAAGCCCUAUAACUUGAAGGACUGUAAAGAAGUACAGUAGACGAGGUUUGCUGUUUGGGCAGAUCUCAGGACAGCUGGAACAUGUGAACUGUGCGCUACAAGGAAAGGAAACUAUCAGCUGACCUCAGUAGAUGACAGUGGCAGAGCUUCAUCUUCUUUGUCCUACUAAUGUGUAUGUAUCUGCUUUGAUUUUUCUUUGGAUCUCGAAAUGAACUCAGUUAAGUGAGACAGAAAUAAUCUACCGUAAGCGGGAUCUUUGUCUAUCCCCGUCUCUGCACGCCGCUGAAAAAGCCCCCUAGCACUGACUUCAGAGGACAAAUUAGAUCUAGGCUUCUACUUUACUUAAUUCGAUCACCCUGGGUUGUGCUUUUUUUAGUCUAGGACCCCUGUAAAACAUAAUUCACCGUGAGGAGAUACGAAUAUCAUACAUAAACCAAAUAUGACGUUUUUCUUCCAAAGAGGAUUACAGCUUGAUGUUGUUUUCGAUCGGAUAUUCUUCCUCCAUGGAUCUAACGUUUUGGAUCACACUCUGAUUUUCUUUCACCGCUACUGUUCACACCUACUCAUCUUCUCUGUAAGGACAGAAAAGAAGGAGCAAAAGAAACUCAUGACUGUUGUGGCAGUCUGUCUCCACAACAGGGGCCAAAAUAAUAAAAAAAAAACACUCUGCAAUACUAAUGAGACUGCCUUAAUCACAGAUUGCUUCAAUCCUUUCUCCUUCUGUUCCACUGGUGUGGAGAAUGGAUACUGAGUGACACAGCGGGAAGACAGAAAAUGCGUGUGAAGUCAUUACUACUGCCCAAAAUGCAACGCUAAACCAGUAGUUGAGGACAUUUCGGUCCAAAGAGGAGAUCUCGAAAAUGUCAGCUGCCAAAGAUCAGCUUUCAUUUGCGGCCUCACAAGAGAGAAAGAGAGAGAGAGAAGAUUUUGUUGUGAAUUUGUCUGUGUGUACGUGUGAAAGAAUGAAUAAUCACCCUUGUUAUGUAAGUACUGAGCUCUGCUAUAAUUUAUAAUUAUCUAUGUUGAUUCACGUACUUCAAACCAGUUUAGCAACCUUUUAAGUGUUUGUGUCAGAAGAAGGCAUGGGCCGAUUCCAAAGUGUACCGAGGUUUUAAACUCCUAAAGCUUUCCAUCAAACCAGUUCUACUUUUAAAAGUCCUUUUAAUGAGACACCUGAGAAUAUGCCCGAGUGACCAGACUCACUUUUGAACUUAGGCUACUACACUGUUUUCUCACUUAAAAAAUAUAUUAAUUUGGCUACUCUGGAAUAUUUCUAGUUGCAAAACAAAACAAAGAUUUGCGCCCAUGGGGUGGAAACUAAAAUUGUGCCAGUCUUCACUCUUACCGGUUUGAUGCUAUUCUGAAAAUCCGAAUGGCAAACUUGGAGCAUUGGCCUUGAUGGCAACACAAAUUAAUGACAUCAUGGGAGGUCUGCAGAACAAAUAAGCACUGCACAUGUUCUCUGCUGUGCUCUUGCCCUUGCACCUGCUCACCGUCUCACUUAGCGCAGUCAAAAGUAGAUUAGAAAUCUCUGUGCAUCUGCGGAAGUCAGUUUCCGUCGUUUCUCCGGAAAGUCAGUGCGUAAAUUUGGUUUGUUCGUAUCGUUACACUUCCAGUGUUAUUCUAUAAAGGGCAGAAUGGAAAAAAAGGUAUAAUCUUUUGCACGAAAGUAUGUCUAAGAAAACCUUUGAUUAAAUUUAGGAGAUGUUUAUUUUAUUUUAUUUUUUUAAAUUCAAUGUAUUAAAAUAAAAACAAUGUGAUAAAAGCAGCUCCGGAAAACAUUUAAGAGACCAGUGUAAAGUUUUAAAUGAGCAUCUUUAUGAAAGGCAGCCAUUUCAUCUCAUUUGACAUUUUUUUAUGCAAACACAUAUAUUCAAAAUAGUUGAUUUUAUUUUGUCAUUGAACAAUUUUAAUCAUAAAAUUAAGCAAUGUAAAUUUUGGAAAGAUCUCGUUUUUCUCUAGAGUUGUUUAUAGAUGUAAAGAUAUAGACAUAAAUACACAAGACAAUGCCAUAAAUGUAAUAGAGCUUUAUAUUAUUGUCACAAGAAACAAGUUUGCUUUUUGUUCAAAAUAAAAUAAAUUGGAUCAGAUUUUCCAUAUUUGUCUUAAGUAUAUGUGUCACUAUGGUGAAAACGUGGUGUUUUACAGAGUGCAGGACAGGCAGAGUCUCAUCCCGGCCCAUGCCCAACAGAGGGAAUAGCGAGGAAAACGGAACAAGAGAAGGGAAAAAAAAUCUGCUUCUUUUACUACCAGAAGCACUUAAACUUUGUUAGCUAUCUAUCUUCUUAUAAAACUUUGAAACAUUUGUUUUUUUUAAUUUAUUUUGUUUUAGCUGAAUUCAACUGUUUUUGAGGAGAAAGCCUUUUUAAGCUUUACCAGGACAUAAUUUGUUGUUUUAAUCUUACAGUUUGCUGAAUUUUUGUGUUAGGGGAAAAAUGUUAAACCAAUAUUGCCUGUGUCUUCUGUUUUCUACACUAGUAACCUCAAUUAGACGCUAUACAAACGAAUACAUAUGGUCGGUUUGAUUAACAAAUUAACACAUUACUAAUGAAUGUUUAGAACUAUUUAAAUAUUGUUGGAUUCCAAUUGCGUAUUGGAAAGUCAAAACGAGUGAAGUUAAAUCUGACGAACGCAAUUCUAAAUAUAUACUAUGAAACCAUGACAUUUCAUAUAUUCUGUACACACGUAUAUACAACUCAACUGUAUAUGUAAAUCUUAUAUUGUUUCAGCUAACUUAAUCAGCCAAUGUAAUGAAAGAGAAACUCUCUGUUGUAGAAUGGAGUUAAAAUGAUCAGGAAUGAGAGUUUUUAAACCUUUUUUUUUUUUACGUAUUAUAUGUACAGAUGCAAAUGAUAACACUAAUGAUUGCUAGUUUAAUGUCUUAUUUUGGAAUUGUCUUUGGAAUGCCACAAAUGCAAAAGUAUUGUGGAGGUUGCAAAGAGCCUCUUGGCAAAGCAAAAAUAGAAGUGCUAGAAAUUUGCUCCCUCGGUUUAAAAAAACUGGAUUCGCAAACAUUUGUGUUCGUUCGUGUGUUUGAAGCAGGAAUGGACUAAAAAAAAUGUGUUAUGAUGUCUUGUGCAGUAUAAAGAGAACACUGCAGUGAUGUAGUGGUGUACAGUGUCCUGAUGCAGCAGAACACUUGACUCCAAGACACCUGCACCAUUCAAAGUGGAUGUAACAGGAAUUAACGUUCCACAAAAUCUCUUUUACAACAUGCACAGCAAUUACUACAGUAAGGAUAUUGAUUGCAAACCCCUGGAGAGAAUUUCUUAAACCGAGGGCACCAUUUGUUUGCUUUAUUGUUUUUGCUUGAAGCCCUGAGGUUCUCCAUUUAUUACAGUUAUGUUGUGUUUUUGGUAGAUGAUUUGUGAUUUCUUGAAUAUUUGUGUUCAUUGAUUUUUGUUCUAUUAAAUCAGUGAAAGAUGUUAUCUUUCACCGAUGUUAAGGCGACGACGCAUCGAAGCAGAUCAGAAGCUGAAGACGUUCUCCUAUAUCAGUUAUCUAGAGGAGCUCUGGGUGAACUGUGGCUGAUGACUCUGACAUUUACUGUAGCUUUAUCAUUUGUAAUAGAUAAAAAUUUACAUACAGGAAAAGCUAAUGCAUGCAGAUUUGAAUUGAGACAACAUUUGUCAACCUUGAACUGCUUUUCUACCCGUCUUUAGCUGAGGGGUUAAAUGACAGGACUGUAUUAGUAGGUUUCUGCUGGGUGUAAAAGUUCUCUUUGUUAUUCCAGCUUUCAUCAUUAAAUCUAUAAACAAUACGUGAAACCAGUAGAAACUGUUUUUAGAUCUACAGUUUAGAUCUACCCACAUUGACCAGUGUAACUUGGAGAAGGGGCAAAGCCUUUACUAGGUGUUGUGCUUGAUGUCGUGUGGCUUUGUUUACUAAUGGCGAGGGCUCAUGAGAGUGUGAGUUACACAUGACCAAGAAGGAGACUUUGUACUGUAUUUCUUUGCAAUUAUCCUUCCUCAAGUCUUGCAUUGCAUUAAGGGCAAGAAGUCAAUAGUUGUCAAUAGAAUUCAGUUUGAAACAUUUUAUUUCAGUUCGACAGACUCUAGGUGAUUGUCCAUGAAGUUAUACCAUAGUCUACAAUUCGUUUUAUUUCCUUGUAGCUCUUACUCACUUAGAGGUUAGACACAGUUUUAUUGCUUUAUUUUGAAGUCUGACUAAUUCCUGUCUUGAUGUAUCAAUCGUGGCUGACUCUUUAGUGCUCUUUCUUUUUUUUUUCCAAGUCUGUCUUGACACUUGCUGCUAAGCAUUAGGGCUAAUUUGGAGUGACAUUAAAGGAAGCAGAGGGGACUGAUCGGACAGCAGUCAGUACACCAGAGGGGGUAAAGAAGAAAAGACAAGGAGCAAUCUCUGCACUCUAGAUGCUUUAUGCAGAUAUGUGAAGUUUAUUCUCACAGACAAACUGUAUAAGAUGUUGACAUUAUUGCAUUAUAUGUAUAUAGUGUACAAGCCAGGCUAUUUGCUGUCUGUUUUGGACAUUUUCUUUUUUUUUUUUUUGAUCAACUCCAUGGAUAAAGAAGAUGAUUUGUGUUGUAAAUAAAAGAGGUGCAUAAUAAA